AUGAAGUGGUUCCUAUCAGUGGCUGUUCUGAUCCUCAGCGGAAUCAAUGUUUCUGCGGUGACAUCGGCGCAGCACGCCCCCUCAUUUCCAAAAGAGAAAGGUAUAAUUAAUAAGAUCGACAUCCCUACUGCUUUCGACGACACGAAGCCGCCAACUAAUAAAUCAAACAGCUGUGGCAAGAAGGUAGGCGCUGCAAAUGGCAAUCCAACACCGUCGCCGCCUAAAGAGAAAGGGGUGAUUCAUCAUUCCCACGUCAAACCUGCUUUUGACGACACAAAGCCGCCGACGGAAAAGUUAACUACCGAUGGUGCCGCAAACGGCAGUCCGUCGCCGUCGGAUCCAAAAGGGAAACGGAUAAUUGAGCAUUCCCAUGUCCUACCUCUUGUUGACGAUACUCAUCCGCCGGCGGGGAAGGUAACCACUGGUGGUGCCAAGGAUGCUGCCUCGAAUGGUGAUCCCUCUCAGCCUGAUCCAAAAAGCAAAGGGGAGGCUAUAAGGAGUGCGGUCCGAAGACUUGUUGACGACCCGAAACCGCCUAAGGAGAAGGGGGAAAUUGUGCCUUCCGUAGUCCCACACCUUGUUGACGACACACAGCCGCCAGCAGAAAAGAAAACGAAUACUGGGAGCAACUUCAAUCCAACUCCGUCACCGCCUAAAGAGAAAGGGGAAAUUAUGCCUUCCAAAGUCGUUCCCGCGUUUGACGAUACGAAGCCGCCAACUACGGUGACAAGCGACCGCAACGGAAAUAAUGUUGCGGCAACCGGGAGAGCAUCUAAAGGGUCUCGGGGGAAAAUGUUUAAUUUCCAACCCACUCCCAUAGUAAACAUUGAUGUUGAACCGAAUCCACACGCAUCGCCAAAGGAGAUGCUGAAGGUUCGCAUUCGUGUCCGGCGUGCCGGUGACGACUCAAAAACGUCAACUGGUGAGCCCAGCAGUGCUGGCGAGAAGGCUGCAGAAGCGUCUAAUGGUGUUUCGCCGCCGACAGAUCCAAAAGGAAAGCGUGAGUUUGUGCCUUUCCACGUCCCUAGUGCUUUCGACGACACGAAGCCGCCAGCAGAGGAGUUAACCAACAAUGGUGAUGAAUCAAAGAGUAAUCCAAAUUCGUUGCCGCCUAAAGAGAAAGGGAUAAUUAAGCCUUCCCAUGUCGAACCUUUUUUCGACGACACUCAUCCCCCAACGGAAAAGAUAACUACCGAUGGUGACGAAUCAAAGAUUAAUCCAUCUCCAUCCGAUCCAAAAGAGAAAGUGAUAAUUAAUCCUUCCAGAGUCCCAUACCUUGUUGACGAUACUCAUCCGCCGGCAGAAAAGAUAACUACCGAUGGUGACGAUGUUAAAGGUAAUCCGACGCCACCUGAUCCAAAAGGAAAGCGUAAGUUUAUACAGAUUGAUGUCCCACCGCGUUCUGACGAUAAAACUCCUCCGACCAAUUAA